AUGGCUUCAUCUCAUUUCUCACUUCAAAGUCUCAUCAGACCGAACAUAGCUUCACUCAAGCCCUAUCGCUGCGCUCGAGAUGAUUAUGAUCAGGGUGUCCUUUUGGAUGCCAACGAAAAUUCUUUGGGUACUACCUCUUCGGCCGUGACUCACGAAAAUGGACUAGACCUCGACUCUUUAUCUUUACACCGAUAUCCGUCUCCCUUGCAUAUCCCAAUCAAACAAAACCUGUGCAACUAUCGCAACCAAUUUGCUCCUUCAUUACCAUUACUAUCGCCUUCGAAUGUGUUUCUUGGCGUAGGUUCCGAUGAAGUCUUGGACCUACUCUUUCGAAUUACCUGCAAACCCGGCGACACAGAAGAUCAAGGUGAUCGGGUGAUUGUCACUCCUCCGACGUAUGGAAUGUACACCGUCUGUGCUAGAGUCAAUGAUGUCGGAGUGAUUCCAGUUCCACUGAAUGUCACAGCUGGUGCAUUUACUCCACAUUACGAGAUGAUUAUUCAAGCGAUUGAAAACUCACCUCCGACUCGGCCAGUUAAACUUGUCAUUCUUUGCUCUCCUGGAAAUCCUACCGGCACUACCAUCUCCCUAGUCUUCCUCCAAACUUUUCUAUCCGAUUCACGCUACAAAGGUCUUGUCGUGGUCGAUGAGGCAUAUAUCGACUUCGCUGGUCAAGACCAAAGCGCUUUACAACUCUUGCGUGAAGGGUAUCAGAAUUUGGUCGUAGUUCAGACCCUAAGCAAAGGCUUCGGUCUGGCUGGAAUACGUUUGGGUAUCGCGUAUGGAUCUGAAGAAUUGAUCCAAGUACUUAACAAUACAAAGGCGCCUUAUACCAUAUCAUCUCCUACUGCAAGUCUUGCUUAUGUUGCCACUUUACCUCAAGCCCUAAACCAAACGCACACAAAUCUGUCACAAAUCCGAUCGAAUCGAGAUUGGUUGGCAGCAGAAUUGCAGAAGAUCACUGAUAUGGGUCAAAUCCUGGGUAAGACAGAGGCCAAUUUCAUCUUGAUUCAAGUGUUGGCAAGUAGCGGUGGUGGUCCAGAUAGCGCUCGAGCCAAGAAGGUUUAUCAACAUAUGGCAGGUUUACAAAAAGAAGAGGCCAUUGUUGUGAGAUUCCGAGGUGAAGAGUUUGGAUGUGAGGGGUGUUUAAGGAUCACCGUUGGGACAGAAGAGGAGUGUAAGAAAGUUAUCGAACGGCUGAGGACAACUUUGGCAAUCAUCCCUUAAGCCCUCGCGUUCAUUCAUCUCUUCUAGAAAUAUACCCUUUGAUCUCAUGUCAAUUACUGCCUGUCUUGUGCUGUGACUAUUGCGCAACGCUCUUUCAAAAUAUUCGCCAUGAGCUCUUCUUGUCGAUCAACUUUUGUAUCCUUAUGUCUUUUGUUCAUCUCUUCAGUCUCCAGAACACUUACAGUUGAAAGCCAGUGAAUUCUGUUU